CUAAAAUUAAAUUGAAAUGAAUAAUCAUGUGUUGCGUGUAUAGAUUGGCACGAUAAAUAACAAUUAACCUGUGAAAUAGUUGUUGUGUAAGCUGUUUUGUCACAUUUUUUUCAAUCGGGCAUCCUUGGUAUUAUUGAUCUGAACAAAUAAGUCCGAAGUUUUCAAAUGAGUUUCAACUCUUCAUUUGUGGAGAAACGAACGUACACCCUAAUGUAAACAAAGUGGCUCGGCAUCAGCUGACGAAGAUGUUCAGGCGCAAAAUGCAGUCUGUUUUGAUGUUGUCAUUGCGUAAGCAGUCUGAUUUCAUACCCACAGACAGGUGGGACGCCGUGCCGAAAGCAGAAGUGGAGCGUUUUAUUAUCGAUUGCAUGACAAAAGUCGGAACAAAACGGACACAUGCUGUGAGCCUGGCGAGCAAUUUGAUGACAGCCGAUUACAGGGGCCAUUAUAGUCAUGGCAUGAACAGAUUAGAUCUGUAUGUAAAUGACAUCAGAACAGGGAUCACGGUGAGUAAAGAUGAACCUUCAAUAGAGAAGGAGACAGUGUCUACUGCAAUGGUGUGUGGUAACAAUGUGCUGGGUCCAGUGGUAGGAAACUUCUGUAUGAAGCUGGCAAUAAAGAAGGCAAAGGAGACCGGUGUAGGAUGGGUGGUUGCAAAUAGUUCCAAUCAUUAUGGAAUAGCAGGAUACUAUUCCAUGCUUGCUUCUGAUGAAGGACUGCUGGGCAUGUCCUUCACCAAUACCUCACCUUUAGUUGUUCCAACACGAGCAAAGGAGGCUGUUCUAGGUACCAACCCAAUAAGUUUGGCAGCCCCUGGAAAGAAGGGUGACAGCUUUGUGCUGGACAUGGCCACCUCUACAUGUGCCUUGGGAAAGAUAGAGCUGCAUGAUAGAAAGAAUAUAAGGAUACCUCUGGGAUGGGGUGUAGACAGUCAGGGAAAGAUGAGCGAUGAGCCCAAGCCCGUGCUGAAUGGUGGGGGCCUGAUGCCCCUGGGUGGGGCUGAGGAGACCAGCGGCUACAAGGGCUACGGGCUGGCCAUGAUGGUGGAGAUAUUCUGUGGCAUACUGGGCAACGCUGCGUACGGACCUAACAUACGCAAGUGGAAAACCACGGACAGGGUGGCUAACUUGGGCCAGUGUUUUAUUGCUGUGGACCCGGAAGCCUUUGGGCCUGGUUUCUCAGACAGACUGGACGAUCUUAUGAACAGCUGCAGACGGCUUGAAAAUGCUGAUGAUGAAGAAGAGGUGCUGGUAGCAGGUGAUCCAGAGAGACAGCACAUGUCCAUGUGUGACAUCAGAGGAGGCAUACCAUACCAUCAGAGACAGAUCGAGUACGCUGAUGAACUUGCAGAGAAGCUUGGUGUAAAACCAAUGAAGAAAUGUUAAUAACCAUUCUGAUGUUUUCAGAAUUUUGAUGGACCAAACAAAAUAUUUACAAUACCACUUUACAGCUCCUGAUGUGAAUGCAAGUUGAAUGACUCUCACUUAUUUUGUGUUGGUUUCUGGUAUGAUAUAAUUUUGCUACAGUUAUAACUAUUUCUAUUUUACUGUAUGCCACAAGUAUCAUUAAAAAAAGAUGAAUGUAUGCUAACUCCUCGGAAUGAUGUGUGUUUUGUGUUUGUUAAGUUUAACCUUAUUAAUGACAGGUUGUUGAUAUGGAUUUUUUGAUAGACUUCAUGCUUAUAAUGUUAUGUGGUUUAAAGUUUUUAUUGUUUUUUAUAAAAAAUAAUGUUAUACAA